GUCGACGUGUCAUCCUCAAUUCCUGUGGCGUCAAUUUUUUAUCUUUUCCUUUUCUUCCAUUUUCCCCUUUCUUUUGCUUUACUUUUCUCAGAUUCCGAUCAUUUCCCUUUCACAUUCCUUCAAAAUUCACCUCUCGCCGGAAAAAAAAUGCCGGAAAUCGCCGCCGUCUGUUUAUCCGCCGUCUCUUCUAUUCCUCUCCUAAAAGACCCUCCCUGUUCGUCCGGUUCAUCAUGUUCAUCUUUCCGUAAGUUGACUCUUUUUCCGAGUCAAUCGCCGAUCCGUUCCGUCAAGUUCGUUGCGAAGGCGUCCGGCUCCGGCGGUUUCCUUAGCGAUGAUGCAUUCGGACCCUAUCCUUGGGAAUCGUCUGACUCCGGUGAUCCUUCUAUGCAGUGGGUACAGGAGGAGAAAAUCACACUGUUCACUGCUGAUGGACUCGUUCAACUUGGGGGAAACAUGGUUAAGCGACGGAUAUCUUCGUCUGAUAAGAAGCAGGGAAAAUUGAAAGUGUCUCCAAGACUUCAACGAUUUCGCGAGAGCAGUUACAUGGAUCCAAAUCAAAGCCUCUGUUUAGGUGCUCUCUUUGACAUUGCAGCAACUAAUGGCCUUGACAUGGGCAGGAAACUAUGCAUAAUUGGUUUUUGCCGUUCUAUAGAGAUGUUGAGCGACGUUGUGGAAGACACUGUUCUUGAGCAUGGUGGGGAGAUUGUCUCUGCGGAGAAAGCCAGCAAGGGCGAUAUGCAGGAAAAGCUAACUAUGACAGUUGCAGUACCGCUACUAUGGGGGGUUCCUCCUGCGUCUGAAAGGAUCCACCUUGCAGUUCGAAACGGUGGAGGCAUUGUAGAUAAAGUUUUCUGGCGAUGGGACUUCCUGUAGAUAAAUAUCUAAGCUCCAUAGCCUUUGUUUGUGCAUUUGUAAAUACUAUUGUCAUUCUUCUGUACAAAAUUGGAAUGUGUAACUUAAUCUAUGUACACUAGUUGUUAGUCCAUCCAUCAUUCUGAAUUGUAAAGUGGGCACCUCAAGAAUAACAAAUUACCUGUCAAUAAAAAGUUAAGUUGAAUUACUUUGGCUAU